AUGACCUCUGAUACACAAAAUUCGGCGGCCCCUGGUGCGCCGGAGCCAGAAGCUCCGAAAGGACGAUCGCUUGAGAGUGCUAUUGAUGGAGGGCGCGACGAUGCUGAAGGACCACCAUCUAAGAGAGUGAAAUUAGAUGAUAAAUCGCCAGCUGCUCCUGCCUAUAAGCCUAAAGAUGACGGGUCCGAUGCGCCAGUUAAUAAUAAUCUGGGACGUGACGAUGACGCUGCUGAGGCAGCCGGGUACAAUGACCGAGACGGCGAGGGCAAGCAGGGCAAGAAACGCCGCGAAAAGCAAAAGGGCAAAAACACAAACCGUCGUUUUCAGAGAUCGCAUGACGAAAAGGGGCUAUGCGGGACUAUAACUCAUAAUCCGGAAUUUUCGCCAAAACCAUGCCAGUAUGGUGACAAUUGCAAGUUUGAGCAUAACCUACGCAAGUACCUGAAAGAGCACAAAAAGCAGGAUCUAACAACAUUUGGAGGAAUAUGUCCUGUCUGGGAUGCCUUUGGCGUUUGUUCCGCAGGCUGGAGAUGUCGGUUUGUUGGAUCUCACAUGGCCGAGCGAGAGCAUGAGGAUGGACGUAAGGAGCUGAUUUUAGUGGAAGAUGAAGAGAAGAAAAAGAAGGCCCUUUCGGCUUCAGCGGUAACUUCCUCGAUCAAUGCCACUGAAUUGGGAGUUGUGAACCUGGUAUCAACAGAGAAUAAGCAACUGAUGACGCGAAAGAAGUACCUGACACCUAAGGCGGAUGCGUUUAAUGAGUGGAUCACGGUGACCUCCAAGGAGUUGGAAGAGCGAUUCCAUGGGCGAAACUUCGAAGAUGAGGAAGCAGAGGGUAAAGAGACGAAUGGUAAGGCGGAAGUAGAGGGUAAUGGUGAGAGUGAGGCGAAAGAACGCUCAGAAGAGAACAAGGCUCGGUAUACAGAACCGCCUUUCCUACCAUCAGAAAAGAGAAGACUUUACUUUGGGCCUGAGACUCCUGUCCUGGCACCAUUGACAACUCAGGGAAACCUGCCAUUUAGGAGGCUAUGUGUUGAGCUGGGUGCCCAGUUUACGUACUCUGAAAUGGCCAUGAGCUUGCCGUUGAUGCAAGGUACUAAAGGAGAAUGGGCGUUGAUGAAGGCUCAUGAGUCUGAGAUCUUACCUCCAACGAUAUCGCCCAAGCAACCCAUUGUUAAGGGAUACGAUCACUCUCGCGAUCUCAAAUUUGGAGCCCAGAUUGCAGGAAACAGGCCAUGGCAAGCAUUGAAAGCUACAGAGAUCCUCACCGCUCUCUGCCCGCAUCUCCGUGUCGUUGAUCUCAACUGUGGAUGCCCUAUAGAUCUCGUUUACCGUGACGGAGCGGGCUCUGCACUUCUAGAACACCCGUCUAAGCUGGAGAAGAUCCUUCGUGGAAUGAAUGCGGUCUCAGGGGAGGUCCCCAUCUCUGCCAAAAUCCGCAUGGGCACAAAGGAUAAUUAUCCCACCGCUCUCAAGCUGGCCGAGCGCCUUGUUAUCGGUGGGUAUGAGUCCAAUGAGCUUAGACAGGGCCCUGCGGGUAUCGGCGCACUCACUCUGCAUGGAAGAAGCCGCCAGCAGCGGUACACGCGCGAAGCCGACUGGGAGUAUAUAUCCGAAUGCUCAGCAUUGGUCAAGAGACUUAAUGCAAAGGGAGAUGAGGUCUCCGAUACCAUCCGGGAGCCAGAUGAAAGACACCUGCCGCCAGACGGGAAAGUAUUCUUUAUUGGUAACGGCGACUGCUACUCACAUGCAGAUUACAACAGUGCCGUUGAAAAGUCCGGCGUUGACAGCGUGAUGGUAGCACGAGGAGCGCUGAUAAAGCCCUGGAUCUUUGAAGAAAUUCAAGCCGGGCAAUACCUGGACAAAUCAUCCUCCGAGCGACUAGCUUACAUCGAACGCUUCGUCAAGCACGGCCUUGAGGCAUGGGGAUCUGAUGAGCACGGUAUUGGGACAACGAGACGAUUCUUGCUGGAAUGGCUGAGCUUUACCUGCAGGUAUGUCCCAGUGGGGAUCCUGGAAUAUCUCCCACCAAAGAUCAAUGACCGGCCCCCUGCAUGGAGAGGCCGCGAUGAUCUGGAGACACUUCUCUCAAGCGACAACUAUCUUGACUGGAUCAAAAUUUCUGAAAUGUUCCUUGGCCCAGCGGACAAAGACUUCAAAUUCACUCCCAAACACAAGUCAAACAGUUACGAUGUUGCGGAAGGUUAG